AUGCUUGUCAAAUCGGCACCUGCGUUUAGUCUGUUGAACACCAAUGGAGAGAAUCUAAGCGCUCUGCUUUCAUCCGCCUCGUCUUCUCACAUCUCGCGGAACAAAUUUCGGGGUUGCAUUUCGUGUGUGGCUAAACACGCGAACAACAAACCAUUGACCGGCGUCGUCUUCGAGCCGUUUGAGGAAGUGAAGAAGGAGCUGAUGCUGGUGCCCACCGUCCCACAGGAUUCGCUCGCUCGACAAAAGUACUCUGUCGACUCUGAAGCUGCUAUCAAUGAACAGAUCAAUGUGGAGUACAAUGUUUCAUAUGUGUACCAUGCUAUGUUUGCCUACUUCGACAGAGACAAUGUUGCACUCAAGGGGCUCGCUAAGUUUUUCAAGGAAUCAAGCAUAGAAGAAAGAGAACAUGCUGAAAAACUAAUGGAAUAUCAGAACAAACGAGGAGGGAAGGUGAAGCUGCAGUCUAUCUUGAUGCCUCUUUCGGAGUUUGAUCAUGCUGAAAAAGGAGAUGCUCUAUAUGCUAUGGAGCUCACACUAUCUUUGGAAAAAUUGACAAAUGAGAAGCUUCUAAAUCUGCACGCCGUUGCCUCCAGGAACAAUGAUGUACAGUUGACUGAUUUUAUUGAGAGCGAGUUUUUGGUUGAGCAGGUGGAGUCUAUCAAGAAAAUAUCGGAAUAUGUUGCGCAGCUGAGAAGAGUUGGCAAAGGACAUGGUGUUUGGCACUUUGAUCAGAAGUUGCUUCAGUAA